UCAUCAACACCAAGAAGGAUUAUUUCACCUGGUACGUUAUCAGAGUCUUGCAGGGAAAACGAAAAACCUCCCUCGCUUUCUUCGUCUUCGUCCUCCACGUUGAAGCUUCCAAGAAAGUUCAUCUUCUCGUGUCAUCGAAACCCAAUAAGUUGCUCUGUUUGUAAAAAAGUUCACAAGAAUCGUUGGAAAAAAUUUCCUUUGUUUAUAGGGGGAUUGGGUUUCUUCCGGAUCAUUUUAUUUUUAUGUCUCCAUCGAAGCUGAUGAAAUUGAUAGGUGGUUGACUGGUUGUAUUUAUGAUCGAUCUUUGUUUGAAUUUCAUCUCAAAUUCUCCGUCUCUGUUGUUGAUUAAUGGAUAAUUAUGAUCCAUAUAGACAACCGAACCCUUACCCUUACCACUAUCCUUACCCACCUCCUCCAAAUCAUGGAUACCCACCCCCCAGUGCAGAUCCAUACCAAACCCACCCAUAUCUAUAUCAAUAUCAUUCACCACCAGCUUACCCCUAUUCACCACCCCCAUACGCAUCAGCACCACCACCACCAACAGCCUCUCAUUCGGGCCCUUUAGACUACCAGCACCGUCCACCAUCUCCAUCAACAAGCUCCCAUUCAGGCCCUUUAGAGUAUCACCACCAUCAAUCACCACCUCAUUCAGGGCCCAUUCCCUAUCAGUAUCCAUACCCACCUGCCACGGUACCUUCACCGACCCUUCAACACCAUGACAGUUUCCAUUACGGAUCGCCCCAUCACCCAUAUCAACAAGACUCUGGCAUAUACCCACCUCCUGACAGCAAUUCGCAAGUGCCUGCUAGGGUUGAUAGUCUAUCUGGUCAUUAUCGCCACGAAAGUUGGAGUUAUGUAGCAUCUGGGUCACCCAAUUCACAGUCUACUUUAUAUCCACCUAUCGAUGAGCUUUUGAGUAAUGUGCAUAUAUCUGGAGAUAAACCCACCGUCCCUGCAUCGCCCCCUACGCCUUCUGCAGCACAAUUGCAGCAUUCACCUCAAGUUAACCACAGUUCUAGUCUGAGUCUUGAUGGUGGAAGGAAUUUUUAUGGGUAUUCCAAUGACUCAUUUUCAAGUAAUUGUGAAGGACCUUUCUUGGGUCGGCCUGCUUCAUCCAAUCACUCUGCAUAUGCCCAUUCAGGCUCCUUUAGUGGAUCACAACAUAGCCAGAGUACGCAGAUUGUGCCAUUUCAGAAUAAUAAGGGGUCUCUGAAGGUCUUGCUGUUACAUGGAAAUUUAGAUAUUUGGGUUUAUGAUGCAAAAAAUCUUCCAAACAUGGAUAUGUUUCAUAAGACUUUGGGAGACAUGUUUAAUAAAUUGCCAGUGAAUGUGAGCUCCAAAAUUGAAGGGCACGUGAUCAAGAUUACCAGCGAUCCAUAUGUUUCGAUUUCAGUUGCAGGCGCUGUUGUUGGUAGGACUUUUGUGAUUAGCAAUGAUGAAAAUCCUAUUUGGACACAGCACUUCCAUGUUCCUGUUGCACAUUAUGCUCCUGAAGUGCAUUUUGUUGUUAAAGACAGUGAUGUUGUGGGAUCGCAGUUGAUAGGAGUAGUUGCAAUCCCAGUUGAACAGAUAUAUUCAGGGUCAAAAAUUGAGGGAAUUUACCCUAUCCUGAACAAUAGUGGAAAGCCCUGUAAGCCUGGAGCUGUCUUGAGGCUUUCAAUUCAGUACAUACCAAUGGAGAAUUUGAGCAUUUACCAUGAAGGAGUAGGGGCAGGUCCUGACUAUUUUGGAGUUCCUGGCACAUAUUUCCCUCUUAGAAAAGGUGGAAUGGUGACUCUUUAUCAAGAUGCCCAUGUUCCUGAUGGCUUUCUUCCAAAUCUGAAACUCGAUCAUGGGAUGCCUUAUGUGCAUGGGAAGUGCUGGCAUGAUAUUUUUGAUGCAAUUCGCCAGGCCAAGCGUUUAAUCUACAUUACAGGGUGGUCUGUGUGGCACAAAGUUAGACUUGUUAGGGAUGCUGAUGCUGGUUAUGCAACAGAUUGCACCUUAGGGGAUCUACUGCGGUCGAAGUCCCAGGAAGGAGUAAGAGUGCUACUUCUUGUUUGGGAUGACCCUACUUCAAGGAGCAUUUUGGGACUUAAGACGGAUGGAAUCAUGGCAACCCAUGACGAGGAAACACGCCGCUUUUUCAAACACUCAUCUGUUCAAGUGCUGCUUUGUCCCCGUAUUGCUGGAAAACGACAUAGCUGGGUCAAGCAAAGGGAAGUUGGAACUAUCUAUACACACCAUCAGAAAACUGUGAUUGUUGAUGCUGAUGCCGGGAAUAAUCAACGAAGAAUCAUAGCUUUUGUUGGUGGACUUGAUUUAUGUGAUGGACGGUAUGAUACUCCACAGCAUCCUAUAUUAAGGACGCUGCAAACAGUACAUAAGGACGACUAUCAUAACCCUACUUACCAGGGUAACACCAAUGGUUGUCCUAGAGAACCUUGGCAUGACUUGCACUGCAAAAUCGAUGGUCCUGCAGCUUAUGAUGUUCUCACAAACUUUCAGGAUCGCUGGUUGAAAGCUGCAAAACCUAAAGGGAUCAAAAAACUGAAAAUGUCAUAUGAUGAUUCAUUGCUUAGGAUAGAAAGAAUACCAGACAUUUUGGGUGUAUCCGAUGUUCCCUGUGUCAGUGAGAAUGAACCUGAAGCUUGGCAUGUCCAGAUCUUUCGUUCUAUUGAUUCAAACUCUGUUAAAGGGUUCCCAAAGGAUCCAAGAGAAGCAACAUAUAAGAACCUUGUUUGUGGGAAGAAUGUACUGAUAGACAUGAGCAUACAUACAGCAUAUGUGAAAGCCAUUCGCGCUGCCCAGCACUUCAUUUACAUUGAGAACCAGUAUUUCAUUGGGUCCUCAUACAAUUGGAGUUCUUAUAAAGACUUAGGUGCUAAUAAUUUGAUUCCAAUGGAAAUCGCUCUUAAAAUAGCUGAGAAGAUUAGAGCGAAUGAGAGAUUUGCUGCAUAUAUUGUUGUCCCAAUGUGGCCCGAAGGUGCUCCAACUGGUGCUGCAACACAAAGGAUUCUAUUUUGGCAGCACAAAACUAUGCAAAUGAUGUAUGAGACCAUUUACAAGGCUUUAGUGGAGGUCGGGCUUGAGGGUGCUUUCUCGCCACAAGAUUAUUUAAACUUCUUCUGUCUUGGUAAUCGUGAGGGUGUGGAUGGAUAUGAUGCUUCAUCUGUGGGAAGUCCUCCAGCUGCAAAUACUCCUCAGGCACUCGGUCGAAAAAACCGACGAUUCAUGAUUUAUGUUCACUCAAAGGGGAUGAUAGUUGAUGAUGAGUACGUAAUAUUGGGGUCUGCAAACAUCAAUCAGCGUUCCAUGGAGGGCACGAGAGAUACUGAAAUUGCAAUGGGAGCUUACCAACCUCACCAUACCUGGGCACGGAAACAAUCCAAUCCUCAUGGACAGAUCUAUGGCUAUAGGAUGUCACUUUGGGCAGAGCAUGUGGGAACUAUUGAGGACUGCUUCACUCAACCUGAGAGCAUUGAAUGUGUAAGAAGAGUGAGAACAAUCGGCGAAAUGAACUGGAAACAAUUUGCAGCUGAUGAGGUGGCUGAACUGAGGGGACACAUGCUGAAGUACCCCGUUGAAGUUGAUCGAAAGGGGAAGGUGAGACCUCUUCCUGGAUGUGAAACAUUUCCGGAUGUGGGAGGAAAUAUAAUAGGGUCAUUCCUUGCCAUUCAGGAGAAUCUAACCAUCUGAAAAUUCACAAUCCAAUUUUGUUGUCUUUUCAAUUCAAGUGGAGGAAAUACAAUUGUGUGUUCUGUACAGUUAUGGAAAGUCUUGGCCCACGGGAAUGUGUAAUCUUGUUCUUGGGCAUUGUACAUUGUCAUGAGCCCCUAAUAUUUAUAGAUUUUUCAUCAUGCAUAUCUAUCUGACCACAGGUGUAUUUAUAUCUUCUACCAUACCUGGAACAAAAGCAUUGUGCUUAUAUUAUAGAAGAACAGAUACAGGUUGAUGACUUUAGUGUAAUGCCAUGCUUUUCCUUUAUCAUUUA